GAAUAUGCACACAUAUAUACACAUAUAUCAAACGUUUACUUUUUUAGCUGCAAUGACUGAUUUUUCUCUACGUUCCAUAAAGUGUGAGUGCCUAAAAAGUAACUUCAAAGUUGCAACACAAAAGAGUCAAAAAAUUAUAUGAGAUUAAUAAAUACCCAUCCAUAAACAUUAUUGCAUUAAUCAGUGUCUUAAAAUGAAUUUUUAAAGUAUAUCAGAGAUAUUAGGAUUGAAGAAACAAUAGGGAUAUUUUUGAGGGGUGAAACUAUUUUCUGUAAAACCAGUUUAUUUUGCUUCAAUAUGAUGCAAUAACUUAGUAAGGACUCUGAGCGCCGCUGUUCACCAACCAGGGGAAAAAUGGUGUGAUGAAAUCCGACAGGAACCACCGAGUUUACAGCACAUACAAAAAAAAUCCGGCAGUUUCAGACAAGCCCUCUUUCAAGCUGCGCCAUAGUCAAGCCUCUGUACAGCUGAGUUCUGGGUCUCCCUUCCGAAUACAGAGGAGUCCACUCAGAAACAUCUGCAUUCAGCAGGACAUCCCGACUCUGCUCAGGGUCUAAGCAAGAUCAGCAGGACAACAAUGGCGGCUCGGCAGAGGGGCGAGAACUACAAAGGAUUCGUCCUCCUUUCCAUACUCCUGGGGACAUGGUGGGAAGCCUGGGCAGGACAAAUUCUCUACUCCGUGACAGAAGAGACAGAUGAAGGGUCUUUUGUGGGUCAUAUAGCAAAGGACCUGGGUCUGGAACCCCAGGAGCUGGCGGGGCGCGGAGUCCGCAUCGUCUCCAAAGGUAGGAGGCAGCUUUUCUCUUUGAACCCGCGAAGUGGCAGCUUGGUCACCGCAGGCAGGAUAGACCGGGAGGAGCUCUGCGCCCAGAGCGCGCGGUGUCUGGUGAGUUUUAACAUCCUUGUUGAGGAUGAAAUGAAACUUUACCCUAUAGAAGUGGAAAUAUUUGAUGUUAAUGACAAUGCUCCUAGAUUCUUGAUGGAAGAAAUAAACGUAAAAAUAAUGGAGAAUACAGUUCCUGGGAUGCGGUUUCCGCUAAAUGAGGCUGGAGAUCCAGAUGUGGGCACGAACUCCCUCCAGAAAUACCAGCUCAGCCCCAAUCGCCACUUCUCCCUGGUUGUGCAAAAUGGAGACGAUGGAAAUAAAUACCCAGAAUUGGUGCUGGAGCAGGUGCUGGACAGAGAGGAAGAAAUGACUCACCACCUGGUCCUCACAGCCUAUGAUGGUGGAGACCCACCCUUAUCUGGCAUCCUGAAUAUCCAAGUGACAGUAGUGGAUGUGAAUGAUCACACACCAGUCUUCUCUCUACCCCAGUACCAAGUGGCUGUACCUGAGAAUGUACCAGUGGGCACAAGACUUCUCACAGUAAAUGCAAUCGACCCAGAUGAGGGAGUCAACGGGGAAGUGACAUAUUCUUUUCGAAAAAUAACUCCAAAACUUCUACAAAUAUUCCAUCUGAACUCCCUUACAGGAGAAUUAUCAACUUUAGAAAGCCUGGAUUAUGAAGAAUCUAGCUUCUAUGAAAUUGAAGUUCAGGCUCAGGAUGGUCCUGGUAGUCUGACAAAAGCUAAAGUAUUAAUCACAAUUUUAGAUGUAAAUGACAAUGCUCCCGAAGUGACUUUCAUGUCCAUAAGCAACUCAAUCCCUGAGGACACACCUCCUGGGACAGUAAUUGCUCUUUUCUACCUCCAAGACAGAGAUUCUGGAAAGAAUGGAGAGGUGACUUGCACUCUUCCAGAAAAUCUGCCUUUUAAGUUAGAAAUAUCAAUUGAUAAUUAUUAUAGAUUGGUCACAGCAGAAAACCUGGACCGGGAAAAACUCUCUUUGUACAACAUCACACUGAAAGCCAUAGAUGGUGGGACUCCUCCUCUGUCCACAGAAACACACAUCUCCAUACAUGUGGCAGACACCAAUGACAACCCACCUACAUUCUCUCACUCCUCUUACUCCAUCUACAUCCCUGAGAAUAACCCCAGAGGUGCCUCCAUCUUCUCAGUGACUGCACAUGACCCUGAUAGCGACAAGAAUGCCCAGAUCACUUAUUCCUUGGAUGAGGACGCCACCCAGGAGACAUCAGUGUCCUCCUACAUCUCCAUCAACUCUGACACUGGUGUCCUGUAUGCACUUCAAUCCUUUGACUAUGAGCAGUUUCGCAACCUACAACUGAGAGUGACUGCACAUGACAGUGGGGACCCACCUCUCAGCAGCAAGGUUUCAUUGAACCUGUUUGUCCUGGACCAGAAUGACAAUGUGCCGGAGAUUCUGUAUCCCACUCUCCCCACAGAUUGGUCCACUGGGGUGGAGUUGGCUCCCCGCUCUGCAGAGCCUGGUUAUCUAGUGACCAAGUUGGUGGCAGUGGACAAAGAUUCAGGCCAGAAUGCUUGGCUGUCCUACCGCCUGCUCAAGGCCAGUGAUCCAGGGCUUUUCUCUGUGGGGCUGCAUACUGGUGAGGUACGCACAGCACGUGCCCUUCUGGACAGAGACACACUCAGACAGAGCCUGGUUGUGGCUGUCCAGGACCAUGGCCAACCACCUCUCUCAGCCACUGUCACAUUCACUGUGGCUGUGGCUGACAGCAUACCAGAUGUCCUGUCCGAAUUUGGCAGCAAUGGGAUGCUUAUGGACCCUAGUGAUUCAGAUCUUACACUCUACUUGGUGGUGGCAGUGGCCACUGUCUCCUGUGUUUUCCUUGUCUUUGUUAUUGUGCUGCUUUUACUCAGACUGCAGCGCUGGCACAAGUCACGCUUGCUCCAGGGCACAGGUGGUGGGUUGGAGGAUUUGCCUGCCUCACACUUCGUGGGCAUGGAUGGGGUGCGCACUUUCCUGCAGACCUAUUCCCAUGAGAUCUCCCUCACAUCAGAUUCUCGGAAGAGCCACAUUAUCUUUCCCCAGCCCAAUUACGUGGACACACUCAUCAGCCAGGAAAGCUGUGAGAAAAAUGAUUCUUUGUUAACAUCCAUAGAUUUUCAUGAAUGUCAGAGUGAAGUACCAAGGAAUCAGGUGAGUUCAGUUCUUCCUUUAUCUUUAUUUCCAUGACCAUUAUGUUUUCCAAGAAAUGUUCCUAUUAUUUGUAAAACAAGUAUUUUGAAGAUAAGGGUUAAGAAAGCUUGAAGGAGGUAAAAAGUUUACUGGUUUAUUUAAUUGUUGAUAAUUUAAUAUAGAACACAAAGGUUAUGGUACCUAAUUUGAAAGGUAGUGAAAGCCUUUUGUACAAGAUUAUUAAUAAGUAAGCUGUUGUAUUUUUACCUUUCACUUAUUUUCCACUUGGUUUUCUUGCAAGCAUAUUUAAUUUUUUUCAGUGCUGAGAAUUAAACUUGCCUCGCUCAUGUUAGGCAAGUGCUGCACUACUGAGUUACAUCCCCAGCCCCACCACUUGUUUUUCUUUUUUCUUUUCUUGUUUCUUUAGCAAUACAAAUUUGUUUAUUGGUUCUUUGUAGUUAUACCUGAAAGCAGAUCCAUUUUUAUAUGAUUAUGCAAGCAUGGAAUAUAUUGUAUUCUAGUUAGAAUCCAAUUUGUAUGGAUGUCCAUGAUGGUGGGAUCCACUGUGUUGUUUUCAUGUAUGUACAUGGGAAAAUAAUGUCAGACUCAUUCUACUGUAUUUCCUUUUCCUAUCCCCUUCCAUGCCUUCUGUCUCCCACUGUGUAAUCUACUGAACUUCUGUUCAUCCCCUCACUCCUGUAUUGUUGUGGGUUAGCUUCUACAUAUCAGAGAAAACAUUCAACCUUUGGGUUUUUUUGGAGAUUGGCUUAUUUUACUUAGCAUUAUAGUUUCCAGAUCCAUUGAUUUUCUGGCAAAUGUCAUAAAUCAUCUUUCUUUAUGGUUGAAUAAUAAUUCAUUGUGCAUACAUACCACAAUUUAUUCAUUCAUCUGUUGAAGGGCACCUAGGUUGAUUCCAUAGCUUAGCUAUUAUGAAUUGAGUCGCUAUAAACAUUGAUGUGAUUACAUCACUGUAGUAUGCUGAUUUUAAAUCCUUUGAAUAUAUAUAUAUACAGGAGUGGGAUAACUGGGUCAAAUGGUGGUUCCAUUCCAUGUUUUCUGAGGAAUCUCUAUACUGUUUUCCAGAGUGGUUGCACCAAUAUGCAGUACCACCAGCUUCUUAACUCAUGUGUUUUAUAAAAGAGAAUGAAUUAUUGAGUCUUUCUCUGUGUGCUAGGUUAGGAAGAGCAAAACAUACUUCAGCUGCCUUCUCAGGAUUCUCUUUAUGAUUUGAGUCUCUAAAAGGUUAUUAAGGAUUUUCCAGUCUGGAACUUUUUUCUGUGUUCUUCUUCCACUUCCAUGUACCUUAGCUUGGUGGCCUUAAAAAUUGUGAUGGCUUUCUUAUCUAUUUUAAAGUAUCUAAGAAAGCUAGGAUGCUACUAGAAAGUGAGAUUGACACUUAAAGAAUAAAAUGUGUCAACUUUCAUUAACAUCUGUAUAAAAGACACAGUGUCUAAUGCCAUACUAAAGGUCAUUGGACAAAACCAAUAAAAUGUCAAACAAAAUAUUUCAAUUUGUAACUGGCAUUUAUGAAAUGGCACUUGCAUGCUUUAACAUAGAAUUCCAAGGUACCAUUUUAGUGGUAUAUCCAUGUGGAGAAUUCUGAAGGCUCCACAAGUGGGAGAUUGGAGAAGCUGGCUCUACAAAACAACCAUCUCUUGCACUCAAACUCUAGAAUAGUAGUCAUUUUUAUUUAUUGGGUAUGCUGAAAAUUUCAACUAGAAACAACCCAAUCUGGGACUACUUCGAUAUUCUUUUGUAUAGCGUUUUCAUGAAGUUUAAUACUUCAGAUGAUGAUCAUCUGUAAGAAGUGGAUAAUAAGAUAAUCUCAAUUCCUGGGAUCUUUCCAGUGUUAAUUUAAAGGAUAUUUUUCCAGUGUUGUAUUUGGUAGCAUUUUCCAUAUAAGAAAUAGUGCAAUGGCAUGAGAGAUAUUUCACUCAUUCUGCAGGGUUCAGAUGUGCAAUCACUUUACAAAAGAACACUACUGAUACUGUGUGAGAAAAUGUCAUCUGGCAGAAAUAUGAUUAUCAUGCCAGAUAAAGAAAAUUUCCUGAUCAAAAUUAGAUAGAUGUUUAAAAUUAUUUUUACAUAAAGGGGAGAAAUUAUCACUAAAUUCACAGAGCCAUUGCAAGCAAACUUUCCAAGGAUCUAGAAAUUCUGAGAUCAUCAUCAGGUAUAAAAUAAGUUCAGGGUGGAGACCAGUGUUAGAGUACAAAAGACCUCAGUAAUUUCAUGUUGCAAGGCAAAAUAUUAUUUCUGAGGUCUGCGGAUGUAUCUUAGUGGUGAGGGCUUGCCUAGCACACAUGAGGCCCUGGGUCAAUUCCUGGUGUCACAAAAAUAUGUAUAUAUUAUUUCUUUGGUGUCUUUGAAUAUUGACAUUAUAUUUUGUGACCUAGAGAAUGAUUGCAUAAUAGGAAAGGAAUAGACUAACAUUCAGACAACCUCAUUUCUUUUCCUGAGAUAGUGGGAAUGAGAAUCAGGUAAUAUUUCUGAAAGGAAAUCACUGAAACUCUUUUAGAUAAAGAGAUGUAUUUGGAGAUAAGUACGAAUUGCAUCUUCUUUAAAACAAAUCUCAGCAUUAUUAAUGUUCUUUGGAGAAAAAAAAACACCAAAUUAACCAUCUUGAAGAAAGUAGAAAAGUGGGUUGAAACCUUAGGAGCAAAAAAGGGGGACAUUAUCCACUAUAUUACAAAUGGCUAAGUGUGUAAAACAACUGUACUCUAUGAUGGCUUAUGCCAAGUUUGUUGCAGUCAUCUUUGUAUCACUAAAUACAUAUUUGAAUAUUGUGGAAUGUAGGAGCCUCAGAAAAAUAUUUAUGUACUAAAUAUACGUGAUUUUCCUAAAAGCCUGAAAAGAUGAGAUAAAGCGUGUCUGAAAUUAUGGUUUAAAACAUUAUUAAAUAUAUACACGAACCUACAUAGUUUCAGUUGGACACAAUGGUCCUACACAAUGGUUAAACUGAAACAGUACAGGCUGCAGUUUCGUCCUGUGGACUCUGGGCGCCGCUGUUGUCCAAAGAGGAGCUUGGAGCUCACCAUCUCCUCGCGCAACCGCAGCGCGCUUUCCAGAGCAACUCUGUGUGACUCUUCAAUGCCAGCCAUUACACCGCUACUUCCCACGGAAAAAGAAGAGUAUUUUUUUCUGGACUGGAUCUGGAACUAAGUCCUUUCGGAGCUCCGAAUAUCUGCAAUACGGAGGUCAUUCGUACUCCAGAGUCUCCUGACUGGUGAGCAAGCAGAGGGGAGCAAGA